GGUGGUUUUGGGUUGAUGAUUGUGAUGAUAUUCUUGGGUUUAGCUGAUAUGUAUUGAAAAUGAAGAAACAAAUUUAGAGAGAAUGAAUGAAAUUAAGCAGAGGAAUGCCCAAUUUGAAAUGAAGGCAAGUGGAUUUCUUCUAGAAAGUUCCCGCUUAAGGAAUAUUGGACUUGAAAGGGAAGGGGAAAGGGAUGCUCCACAGCAUUUAUGAGAUUUGUGAAGGGAUUUUUAUCAAUUAUUUGUUAUGAUUUUCAAAUAGUCAUCUAUAUGUUUGUUUGUUUUGCUCUGAGAAAAUUGUAUAGAUCUGUGUGGAAAUGGGAAGCCGGGUGUUGGCAAAUCAGGCAUAUAAUAUGCGCAUGAGACAGUGCAUGGUCUAUGGGGGAAAGGUAUUGAAUUAAUUGUACUGGAUUAACAUAUCAAGUCUGAAGGCAGCAACAAGUGGUUUGCAAGCUGUGUAUUCUUGCUAAAAUAAGUUUGCUUCUCAAGGAAGAGAUGGAAAACCUCAUUUAGACUGGCAUUCUAGGGAGAAAUUUUUAUGCAUAAAGUAGGUAGUGGACCUAGUGGUGCCUUUCAUGCACUGAUCUUAUAUAGUUGGAGUUUAGAACUACCUACUGCUAGGUUUCUCUCUCCCAAUUCAUGAAAGAAUUGUAUGUCUUUUCAAUUAGAUAUUGCCAUAUUGUCGGAGCAUUACCUUCCCAUAUGAGGAGAGCUGCCAAAUUAAGAUUGUUUUUAAGGUUUUUUGUUUCAUUUUGUUGAUUGGCCAACAUUCCCCCCAAUCUUAGGCUGUUCCUGCAUGUAUGCAUUAUGUGUAUUGAAGAAUUAUAAUGUCUUUCCUCAGUCAAGAUUCAAGGAUCAAUAUUCACACACGGGAAUCUAAAUACACACUUUAUAACAUUGAUGCUUCCAAUGAGCACUUGGUUAAAUUUUAAAUCUCAUUUAUGUUCCUUUUUUUUCUUACAUUUCAAGCCUGGAUUCCAUCAAUAUCUUCAGCUAGCUAUGGACCUGGAACAUGGGAGUGGAAGCAGCAAGCAUUCAAGAACACAUCCAGAGUCUACUGUCAAUGAAGCUGAUCCAUUUGCCCCUGCUGCCAUAAAGUUAGGGUCACAAUUUUCUACAUCUUCAUCUUCAUCAAUCUCUUCAUCGGCAGAUCUCUUCCAAGUGGAUACAAAUUUAGUGACUCCUAGCAAAACUAAAAGUGAUAAGGAUGCGCAACUAGAACUAAAAGAUGAAAAUGAUACAGGGUUUCCUGGUCCUGCAUCACCAUCACAGGUUUCUGAUCUCAGACAAGAGACUUCAUUUCACUGCAUGUCACCCACGCAAUCCCCCCCAGUCCAAUCGAUGGAAAGGUCAGGAGAUGAUGAACCGUAUAGGAUUCCAUCUUCUGUGUUUGCCAGAAGUCAAUCAACAACUCCAUUGGAGUGGAGUGUUGCUUCCAACGAGUCACUGUUCAGCAUCCAUGUAGGGAACAGUAGUUUCUCCAGAGAGCAUAUUUUCAUGUUGGGUGGAGAUCAUACCAAGUCUGGAGAACUAACCAAGUCUGGAGAGUUGAUUGUGUUCAGCUCGUCUCCACCAGCUCGGUUAGGGGAUAAUGUCAGUAAGAGUGUAGAUACUGGAAAGGACUUAGAAAUGACUGCAAAAGCAAAUGAGCCCAUCAAGGAUGAUGUACCCAUCAAGGAUAAUGUGCCAGUGCCACCAACUUCAGCUGAUCAAAAUGUUGAAAAGAUAGCUCGACCAGAGGUGCCUUUUAAUUCUAGCAGUGUGCGCCGUUCUGAUGCGAGUGCAACCAGCUCACGCUCUUUUGCAUUUCCAAUAAAGAAGAAGUGUGCAUGGCCAAGAUGCUACUGUUCUAAUUGUAGCUGGGCGUUCUGCUACCUUUGGAACUGUAGUGGACACUGUUGUUUUUCGUCCCCCAUUUUGACAGAAGAGGAAAGAAAUGUUUCAAUCAAGGAGCAACCUGAGAAACAGCUUUCACAGAAGCAACUGCAACCGAGAGCCACUGAAGCGACUUCAAGUGAUGCUGCUAGCAGCAUUUGGUUGAGUUGUGCUUGUUGUCCAUACAAAUGCUGUUGAGAGAGUGAAUGCUAGAAACCUCUUAGGCCAACUCUUCAAGAUGCCUACCUGCCCUGCCCCUUUGGGUUUCACUGGAACUGACGAAAAUCACAGGUUGUUGCAAAAUGCAAAGGCUCAUUGUUUGCAGUCAUCCUUUCCCUCUUCUCAAUCAAAAUGGCGGUUCUCCAUCUUGUCCUGGGUUGAGGUCUGUUUUUUUCCCACAUUUGUUAAUUGCCUAUUCCUUUUGGCUAUGUUUGAUUCCCAGGUAAAAGGAAAGAGAAAGUGAAGGAAAAUAAAAAAUAGAUUUAAAAUAAAUAA